AUGAAAGGUUUUACUGAGUUGUUUAGUUAUCUUCUGAAGUACUGUGAUACUGUUGCUGAGUUUGAACAUUAUUGGCCAAGAUUCAUUAAGCACUAUAAGUGUGAGAAGAAUGUAUGGUUGAAUAAUUUCUAUGUGAUUAGAGAGCAUUGGUGCCGUGCGUAUUCUAAGGAUACAUUCUCUGGUGGAGCUUUGUCUUCUCAAAGGAGUGAAUCGACUAAUAAUUCUAUUAAAGAUAGGUUGAGGAAGACAGAUGGUUUAUGUGAUUUGUAUCACUUGUUUUUAGAUGUUAUAUCUGCAUGGCGAAGCAAAGAAAAUCACCAUGAUUAUCGUGUAUUGAGGGGCAUUCGGCAUAUGACUGCUGCCAAUGUUAGUAUACUUGUGCAUGCAAGGAAGGUGUACACUGGUUAUCUAUAUGUGAAGUUUGAGGAGCAGUUUCUGAGAGGAAUUUCAUUGAAUCAGGAACGUACAUUUGAAGAUGCAGAAAAAGUUGUUUACCUGUUAUGGAAGCCUGCUACUGCUGAUUUGAUAAGGCAUGAGGUUACGUUUAACAAAAUUACAAUUGAGUCCAAUUGUACAUGCAAGCAUUUUUCUGAAGUGGGUUUAUUGUGUUCUCAUAUUCUACGUAUAUAUAGUAUACAUUGUGUUGCUAUGUUACCCGAGCAAUACAUUUUGAAGAGGUGGACGAAAGCAGCUAUGUGCAGCGCUGUUGUGGAUGAACAAUCCUCCAAAGUAAAUGUUGUUCCCGCUUCUGUUUGGAGAUUUCAAACUAUGAGGAAGUUUGUUCGUUUGAGCCGGUUGAGGGCAUUGAUGUUCCUGGUCACGAUGGAAAGGAUGGUCCAUCCAUUAAAGAUCCAAAAAAGCGUAGGAAAAAAGGGUGAGACAAACGAGAGGCCUAAGGGUAUUGUUGAGAAUGAGUGGUGUUACAAGGAGUGUAACAAAAAGAAGACCUGGAGGAAACGUGCUGAAAAACAUGCUGAAAAUGUUAAAGCUAAAGCGCAAGCUUCUGUUCAGGAGUUUGAUGCUUUGGGAAAUCCUCUCCUUUAUUCUCAUCCAAGUUCUGGCUCAGAGUUGCGUGUAUUAGGUUCAUCCCUUGAGAAAGGUAUUUUUGGAAAGAGUGUAGUACUGGAUUCUGUUCAGGAGGAUAUUUGUGGAAAGAAAGCAGUACCAGAUGUUGUGGAAUCUUUGGAAUGUUUUGUCCAGGGUGGUUUUGGUUCUCAAUCUAAGAAAAGGAAAGGAAUAUAUUCGACCAAUUUCUGCUAA